AAUAACAUAACAGGCUAUUACUCUACGGAUUAUGGUUUCCUGUUAACACUCAUCACCUUCUCCUCCUGCUUCUUCGUUGUCCCUCUUUUUUUUUCCCAGUAUUAUUCUCUCGUUAUUACCUGGUUCCAUCUUUAUCUUCGAUCUUAAGAUAUACUUAAUCUACUUCUAUCUUCAAUAUCGAACGUUUUAUUUUUGAAAAACGAAGAAGGAUGUGUGGGAUACUUGCUGUUUUGGGUUGUUCUGAUGACUCUCAGGCCAAAAGGGUUAAAGUGCUUGAGCUCUCUCGCAGAUUGAAGCACCGUGGUCCAGAUUGGAGCGGGCUCUAUCAGCACGGUGACUCCUACUUGGCUCAUCAAAGGCUAGCCAUUAUUGAUCCGGCUUCUGGUGAUCAGCCUCUCUUUAAUGAAGACCAAGCCAUCGUUGUCACGGUGAACGGAGAAAUUUACAAUCAUGAAGAACUGAGGAAGCUCUUGCCAAAUCACAAGUUUCGAACAGGCAGUGACUGUGAUGUUAUCUCCCAUUUGUACGAGGAAUAUGGCGAGAAUUUUGUGGACAUGUUGGAUGGAAUGUUUUCAUUUGUUCUGCUGGAUACUCGUGACAACAGUUUCAUUGUCGCCCGAGACGCCAUUGGGAUCACCUCCCUCUACAUUGGCUGGGGACUUGAUGGGUCUGUGUGGAUUUCGUCGGAAUUGAAAGGUCUGAAUGAUGACUGCGAACAUUUCAAGUGCUUUCCACCUGGUCAUAUAUACUCGAGCAAAUCCGGUGGAUUAAGGCGUUGGUAUAAUCCUCUUUGGUUCUCUGAGGCUAUUCCCUCGACCCCAUAUGACCCACUUGCUCUGAGAAGGGCAUUUGAAAAGGCUGUGAUUAAGAGGCUGAUGACUGAUGUUCCUUUUGGAGUGCUUUUAUCCGGGGGACUAGAUUCGUCAUUGGUUGCUGCUGUGACUGCCCGGCAUUUGGCAGGUACACAGGCUGCCAGACAAUGGGGGGCACAUCUCCAUUCCUUCUGUGUAGGCCUAGAGAAUUCUCCAGAUCUGAAGGCUGCUAGAGAAGUUGCAGAUUAUUUGGGCACCAUCCACCAUGAAUUUCACUUCACAGUUCAGGAUGGUAUUGAUGCCAUUGAAGAUGUUAUAUACCAUGUUGAAACAUAUGAUGUUACAACCAUCAGAGCAAGUACCCCUAUGUUCCUUUUGGCUCGUAAGAUCAAGGCGCUAGGAGUGAAGAUGGUUAUUUCCGGUGAAGGUUCUGAUGAGAUUUUUGGUGGGUAUUUGUACUUUCACAAGGCACCUAAUAAGGAAGAGCUCCACGGCGAAACAUGUCGCAAGAUAAAAGCCCUUCAUCAAUAUGACUGCUUGAGAGCUAACAAAGCAACAUCUGCUUGGGGUCUAGAAGCCCGUGUCCCCUUCUUGGACAAGGAUUUUAUUAAUGUUGCAAUGGCUAUUGAUCCUGAAUGGAAGAUGAUCAAACCUGGACGUAUCGAGAAAUGGGUUCUUAGGAAAGCCUUUGACGACGAGGAGCAUCCUUAUCUGCCAAAGCAUAUUCUGUACAGACAGAAAGAGCAAUUUAGUGAUGGCGUUGGCUACAGUUGGAUUGAUGGUCUCAAAGCUCAUGCUGAAUUACAUGUGCAUGACAAGAUGAUGCAAAAUGCUGAGCACAUCUUUCCACAUAAUACCCCUACCACCAAAGAGGCCUAUUACUACAGAAUGAUUUUUGAGAGGUUCUUCCCACAGAACUCAGCGAGGCUCACUGUUCCUGGAGGAGCCAGUGUAGCAUGCAGCACAGCUAAAGCUGUUGAAUGGGAUGCUUCCUGGUCCAACAAUCUCGAUCCUUCCGGCCGUGCUGCGUUGGGUGUGCAUCUUUCUGCUUAUGAACAGCAGGCAGCUCUUGCCAGUGCUGGAGUGGUGCCACCGGAGAUUAUUGACAAUCUUCCUCGAAUGAUGAAAGUUGGUGCUCCAGGAGUUGCAAUCCAAAGUUAGCUUCUGCUGGAGGACCGAAGUACAUGCCUUGUACAUGUAUAAAUCAUAUAGAUCAUGUGUAGAAGUUACGAAUAAUAAUCUGUGCUCGUUUGUAGUAGUGUUGGCACCUCGUUGUUUCUGUACAAGGCAAUUCAAGUGUGCAAUUGAUGUUCUGUAGCUGUUUAAAGUUGUAAUGCAACCUUUCCUCUAGUUUCCUUA